AUGGCUGCCUCCACCAUGUCUGUCUGCUCUGACGCUUGCACCAACUCCUCCUGGCAGGUGGACGACUGCCCAGAGAGCUGCUGUGAGCCUAGCUGCUGUGCCCCCAGCUGCUGCCAGUCCAGCUGCUGUGCCCCCAGCUGCUGUGCCCCAGCCCCCUGCUUGACCCUCAUCUGUACCCCAGUUAGCUGUGGGUCCGGCCCCUGCUGCCAAUCUGCCUGCAGCAGCUGUUGCACACCCUCAUGCUGCCAGCCCCCAUGCUGUGUGCCUGUCUGCUGCAAGCCAGUCUGCUGUGUCUCCAUCUGCUCUGACUGCCAGCCAGCCUGUUGCACCUGCUCCCCCUGCCAGCCAUCCUGCUGUGUGCCUGUCUGCUGCAAACCUAUCUGCUGUGAGCCUGUCUGCUGUGAGCCUGUCUGCUGUGAGCCUGUCUGCUGUGAGCCGGUCUGCUGUGAGCCCGUCUGCUGUGAGCCGGUAUGCUGA